CCAACAUGAACUUCUUCAACCUGAAAAACCCUACAAAUUUUUUGAUAGGGCGGAAUUUGAAAUUAUAAAUCCUACGUAGUAUAACCGAAUGGAUUUACAAUCCCAACCCGUCCAAAGAGAAUCCAGAUGCUCUCCCCUGGCAUAAUACUUCGACCUCGCCCAUCGCGCGCUGACCUGAAAAGCGUCGCUGCAAUCGCCGUCGCUCAAUUCCGGCCUGUUAACCACCUUUUUUUCUCUCUGGUCUCAGUAUUUCAAAUCUGCUGGUCCUUCUCUUCGGGGUUUUCGGUUGGUUUUUUGUUUCGAAUCUUUCGAUCGACUUUUUCUUCGUUGAAACAUACUCCGCCUUUCUUCGGAGUAUUUGGAAAUGGAAGCACCUAAAAAAUGCAGACUCUGGUGGCCGGACCGUCUUUCUUCAACUUCUGAAUUGAGUUCGCAUCCUUUUCAUUUCUUGUUCGGGUGGUUCGUCUCGUCCCCUGGAGCUUCUCUUGAUAUUGUCGUCGCGUUCUCCUGCAGUGAAGGCACUCUAAAUUACGCGCAGAGUUAUUUGGAUAUUCAGGGCAUUCUUCAUGAGAUAAAUGAUAAUCUGCCAAUGCUUCCUCAAGAUGAUUGCAAGGUAUCUUUGUUUGGUUGUUAUGUGGCUGAUGGUGGCGAUCACCAUUCAAUAAAGGUUGGAACUGAAACUGCUUGUCCGGGAACUUACCGUUCUGGGAAAAAUAGCAGAACUGCAGAAAUCAACUGGAUCCAACUUACCAGUGAUCAUUCAGUGGUGCAUGGAAGGGAUAUAGCACCAAUUCCUAAGUUGAAAUUUUUAAAAUGGAGGGGGGUAGCUAUAACCCAGUUAGAUGUCCAUGUAAUAGUAUACGAGACUCCCCAAUUCAGGAAUCAUCAUUAUUCGCUCCGUUAUUGUCCAGCUGAGCAUGUCACAUCCUCUAUAAAGAAACCAAUGUGGGUUCAGAAUCUUUACCAAAAAAGGAGCCAUAUUGAAUUGGAAGAAUAUUGUGAUUCAGACUAUUAACACUGCCAGUGCUGCUAAAGUCCGUUUUGAGUCACAUUUUCCUGCUAAAAGAUCCAGUACUCCAUUUCAUGUUUUUUCCAUGUUUACAAAUUUUUGCUGGCUAUUAUUUGCCACAACUCUAGCAUUGCUGUCAACAUUCUUGUUUUCCGUUCUUCAGUCCUUCCUCACUGCUUGGAGCUAUGUGUCACGCUGGUCUUUUGUACACACCAUAUUGGGUAUUUUGUUUGGUAAGACCUGCAAAAAUUUAGAGGCCCGCUGCCCCCAGCUACUGUUUUGGCCAGUUUUUCUUCAAGGUUCCAGUGUCAGGUGUCAAUCUAGUGUGGAGUAUGCUGAAAUGGCAGCAUUACGCAGACACUUUGUGUGGUCUAGUCUUUUUGUUGAUCUUCUUCUAGGAAAUGUGCUUGGCAUUCUAUUGUCUUCUCAAGCAGAAGCUGUUUGCUCAUUCAUUUUGAGUUUAGCUGAUGGCAUAACCAACCAUGUUCUGCGUACUGGUUGUGUAUGGCUGAUGGGGAACCCAGCUGGUUUCAAGUUGAAUGCUGAGUUAGCCGGUGUCCUUGGGAUGGUUUCUCUUAAUGUUGUUCAGAUAUGGUCCACAGUUUGGUCAUUUAUAAAUUCCUUUUUGCCUUAUCUCUUGAAAACAAUUGCUGUAUGUGGCUGUAUUUUUGGUCUGACUACUGCUUCUGCUUUGACCAUUGACAUAAUCUCAUUAGCAACGGUCCAUUUGUCUGCUCUUCAUUGGUUACUUUCACUACUCUAUUCAAGGCAGAUACAGUUCAUAUCAACUUUGUGGCGCUUUUUCAGAGGUAGGAAAUGGAAUCCUCUUCGGCAGAGAUUAGAUAGCUGCGGUUACACAGUGGAGCAACAUGUUAUUGGCUCACUUCUGUUCACUCCUCUCUUCCUUUUGCUACCAACUGUUACUGCAUUCUAUAUUUUCUUCACGAUUAUAAAUGCAAGUCUAGGGUUGAUUUGCAUAGUUAUUGAUUUGGGGAUAUUAGUUAUCCACGUCACACCAUAUACUAAAGUUGCUCUUUGGUUGCUGAGGAAGAAACGAUUUCCUUCUGGUAUAUGGUUUGAGAUUGCAGCUCUUCAAUGUGAUGUGACAACCUCUUCACACAUUGGGUCAUCAGAUGAAACCAUCAAUCUGGUGGCCAGCAGAAAUUGUUACAGAUCAUCUGGUGUGGUUUUGUUUUUGCGAGGCAACUAUUUGAGCUUAAGAGAAGUGGUUUGGCCCCAUUAUAGUUGCGUGUCUUCAGCAGUUUCAAGGUCGUCCAUGGCAUCAUCAGCCUACGGGGUUCUAACAGGGAAACGUAUUUCCUACACACUAGGUACAAGUGGGCUCCCCAGGAAGCUGCCAUGGAUGGUCGUUCCAUACAAAGUUUACUGGCACCUCUGUUGCGAUGCAAUCCUUUCUUGCAGGAAAGACUGAAAGCCAUGUUGUGGCGGCAUUAAUUGAGGAUGAUGCUUGGUGCACGUGCUACUCAUCAACACUUUCAACCCUAUUUCUGGCUUCAAUUCUUCCAUUUUUACCAGUGUUUUCAAAUUGUUUUCAUGAGUUAAUAUAAUAUGGUGGUGGUUUGAUAGCUUUUAUGCGAUGGCUUAGGGCCUGCUUUAAACAAACUAAUUAGGUUAUUCAGUCAGGGAUAGUGAUGAAAAGAAACGAGAUUAAACCAAGGAACAAAGUGUUUUUUUGGACCCGGUGUUAAUCCAGAAAACUGUAGCUUUCUAGGGUGAAGGCCAGGAAACACCUUGCCUAAGGAACAAAGCGUUGUUACAGCUAAAGAAACUAUUAAAGAAAAUGUUUAAUGCACUAAACUUCGU